AUGACUUCAAUAAUUUCUAUCAAACCAGCAAGAAGAAAAUCACAACCAAGUCGUAAGGGAAAGAAAGCUUGGAGAAAGAAUGUUAAUAUUGCAGACUUAGAAAAAACCUUAGAGGGAAUAAGGGCUGAAGAAAGAACAUUUGGAGGGAGAAUUUGUGAUUUACCAGACGAAAAGAUCUUCACGAUUGAUACGACGGGUGACAGUAAUAUUAAGAAAAAGAUCAGUAAAAGAUUUGCUAAACUAAAAAUUGAACAAAUAUUGGAGGAUAGAAGCAAAGUUCCCGCAAUCAUUUCAAAAACUAAAAAACAAAAUAAAAAUGACGAGCAUCCUAAAAUUAGAUUAGAAAAAAUGACGAAACAAAUCAAUCAAGUUCAAGAUUCUACACCCACCGAGGCCGUAUUGAGGACUGUAGAAUAUGAUGUAUGGGAUGAUGAAAAUGAAGACGAUAAUUACUUACAUCCGGCAAAGAAACGGAAAGUCAAGCCACCUCCAACCAUAAAUAUCAAACCACCUGACACUAUUCCAGUUGUACACGUUCCACACCCAGGUGCUAGUUAUAAUCCAACAUUUGAGGAUCAUCAGGCACUUCUUAAAAUUGCUCAUGAAGAAGAGGUGGCCAAAUUAUAUCAAAAACAAAAGCUACAAUCCCAAUUCCCUUUAUUAUCUGAAGCUUUAUCAUUGAUAGAUAAUGAAAAAAAUGAUGAGAACUCUUCAGAGGAUGAAGUUGAGGAUUUUCUAAGCGUUGAACGCGAACAUUCGGAACGAGAGAAACAGCAUAUUGAAAAGGUGAAGGCAGUUGAGGAAAAAGCAAAAUUGCCUUUGAAAAAGAUCGGAAAAUAUCCAGUCAAAAAACUGCCAAUUAGUAUACAACUUCAGGAAGAAUUGUCAGGGUCGUUAAGAACAUUAAAGCCAGAAGGAAAUCUAUUCCGAGACAGAAUGGUUAGUUUGGAAGAACGCAAUAUUGUAGAGCCUAGAAUGAAAGUGAGUAAAAAACGAAAAUAUAAACUUAGGGAAUUUGAAAGAAGUUCUUAUAAAAAUUUCAAAUAA